UUGUUUGGCAUCUUUAAACUUGUAUGCGCUUCGGUCUUCUUUAUUGGUGUUCUCUAUAUCAUUACUCAAUUUUUCAACUAUGUACAGCAUGACAUGAAAGCACUGAUAGCAUCCUAUGAAUCGGAUUUAUUAGGCGACCAAAUGUAUUGUCAACAUCAAUACGAGCUAAAUCGAUGCUCCCCUCAAACUAGAUUACCAGCUAUCGUAGAUCUUUGUCGUGAAUGGGAGAGGUGCAUGCUGAAGCCUUUAGCAGUCAGUAGAACAAAAAUACUUGCUGAGGUUGCUGCCGAAAUGUGGAAUGGGUUUACAAAGACGCUGACUGUCAAGUCAAUGGUUUUAAAUUUGUUUGUUGGUGGCAUGAUACUUGUAUUU